AUGGAUCAAGCAGAUAUACCUUCGUUGCUCUCGAGGCUCAAUAGCGAUGAAGAUGCUAUGCGCAAAAUGGCAGUAUUUAAGCUACAAUCUUCCAUUAAUGAUCCAUCAUUCGCAGAUGUGUUCAUUUCCUCAGGGGGCCUCACUAUCCUGCGUCGACUGAUCAUGACGACCAAUGCGAAUACUCUCGCAUACUCCCUACAAAGUCUGAGUCGCCUACUGGAAGUCGAUAUGGGUUGGGAAAUAUUCGAGUCACCAGGUGCCGGGGAAUUGGUCGAACGCGUUGUCGAAUUGAUCGUUACGCACCCACUGGUUAACAUUCUACGAGGAGCCAUGUCGAUAUUGGUUGCUAUUGUGAGCCAUCCACAAUCUUCAGGGGGGCGUAUAAAAAUACCUGGCGCAUUUGGAUUUCGAGCUCUGAAACCUGCCGUCGCGGUUUAUCCUCAAUUCUUCGAAAUGGUAGUCUCCCAACUGAAUUCUGCGGAUCAUUUACUUUGUGCAAAUGCACUGAUGCUGCUAAAUGCAUUAAUGCGAGAUUCGAUUACAAAUGAUAACGGACAGGGAAAGGAUAAUGUUAGUAAAAGUAGCGGGACGGGAGAGGAGUGGCCAAAAUUCAUCAAACGUUUACAAGAUUUGGGGGUUAUUAAAGCUGCAUAUAAUUUGAUGCAAAGCUCGGCAUUACAGGAUUUGUCGCAUCCGCUAUUGGACUUUCAAAGUUUGACCAAGGUUAUGUUGGGUAAAUGGAAGGAGGUGAAGGUGGAUUUGGAAAGACCAGAACAUCGACGAGCACUAAAGGGACUACAUCUAGCCAGCGCACCCGAAAAGAAAGAUCUUAGCAAUGGCGCUUCAGAGAAGGUAGAUACUUUAGAGAAUGGCGACAAAAAGGGGAGUCGGAAACACAAUCCUGAAAAGUGGAGAAGGUUGGGCUUCGAGACCGAAAGUCCUGCUUGGGAGUUCGAAGCGACCGGAUUUCUUGGUAUGAUGGAUUUGACCGAUUACAGAUGUCCUAUUGCAAGGGCUAGUCUAAUAGUUACAUCUAUCUUGUAUGACCAUUUCGAGGUCGACAAAUCAGAUGCAGAGGAUGCGAAAACUUAUUUGGUAUUGGACGGAGUAAAGAAUUAUGAUAAGAUAUUCCGGCCUCUACUACUCCAGUGGUCAAGGCUACACUCGGCGAGUUUGCAAGCUUUCUUUAGGUUAGGAAAAGCUACUGGUGCUGAGCAGGAUGACUUCAUAAAAGUUGCGGAACUUGUACGCUUUGUAGAAGAAGAAUUGGCAGAAUUCGAAUAUUCGAAAUUACGAAAGCUACAAAUGGAGUUGUUGGAAUUGACUUUCGAAGACGAAUGGGGUCAACAUUUACAGCAAGUGCGAGAUGAGCUUAAACAUGAAGCUCUUUUAUUUGUCAAGGAACAGAGAAUAAGAUGUCUGCUUGAAGGAGCAUGGUUUCCAAGAAUUAUUCAUCCGAAAACCGUUAGCGAAGAAGGAUCAUCUUCUACCAAAAGUCUAGGAGGAAAAAUACCAACAACGAGUUGGCGUUAUGUCAAACUUUCACACAAUCGGCGUUAUCUUCAUUAUUUCGAUUUUGACCAUCAAUUGAGUAAAGAGCCGACACUUGAUCAGUUGCUUGAAAAGAUUGACUUGAGUACCAUUAGUUCAGUCGUUUCCAAUGUCUCCGCGUCCCAUGAUGACGGUUCAAGUAUCUCCAGCUCCUCGACCCCCAAAGAUACAAAUCCAUCGAAAGCAAAUACCACCACCAAAAUUACUAUCAAUAGCUACGUCACAGAGACUAAAGCACAGCAAGAUGAUACAGAUCCGGCUGAGAAAGCUAUUCUUACACUCAUGCCUCCUACACAUAGUCUUGCUUCGGAAUGGUUGGAUGGUUUGUUAAUGUUGUUGAACCAGGCCGCGAUUACUAGUGAGACCAAUAAACUUGUGAGCUUGGUUAGCGAGUAUGGAUUAAAGAUUAGACUUUUGAAUGUUAGGUUAGAUGAAGGAAAUGGGUAUGGAGGUCCCCAGGUAGGACAGGGUAAAGUGCCGAGUCGGGAGGGGUUAGAUGAGGAUUAUUACUAUGAAGUUUAA